AUGCAACGCCAUCUUGGCCUGCUGGUGAAAAACCUACCACCACAUCUACCUAGCGCAUCUAUAAAGCAGUUCUUUGAUAAGUAUGCUAAAGUUUCAGAUAUCUACACUUUCCGUAGAUCGCCAUUUGGGGGUCAUACAGGCCAAUCUUUGAUACACUUUGAGAAUGCAGUUGAGCUAAACAAAGCGCUUAAAUUGAAUGGUAGAAGUUUGAAAGAUUACAAGCUCAUCGUUGAGCCCACUGUAGAAGCUGCUCACGAGAUAGAUAUACCAAUAGAGAGACCAGUACGGACAAAGUUUCGCAGUCAGCUACUAUAUGUCACUGGACAACCGUUGGAUUCCACAGAGGAGGAGCUCACGAGGGCGUUUAGGAAGUUUGGUACCGUACGCUGGAUUGAGCAAUCCCAUCAGGAUCGUAAGAAAUUUGCGUUCGCUUAUGCGUUUGUAAUGUACGAAUCGCCAGAUUUUGCGACCAAAGCAUACGAGAAUGGUGUAUACAUAAGGGAUAAUAUUAAAUUGAAGAUAUCGUUCUUCAAGAGACCUAUUAAAUAUCCCAAGGACGGUAACUUCAGCUUCCAAGAUAAAGCCGGUAAACGACAUCGGUGA